AUGGAGUUCCAUCAUCCAUUAUCUCUGAUCGUGAUCCAAGGUUUACAUCGAAGUUCUGGGGCAGUUGGGACAGAUAUGUAUCUCUCAUGGAAUUCGCUUAUAACAACAGUUACCAAUCAAGCAUCAAGAUGGCACCAUAUACCCUAUGAAGCAUUGUAUGGUAGAAAAUGCAGAACACCUGUAUGUUGGACAGAACUUAGUGAGAAGAAGAUUUUGGGUCCAGAUUUGGUGAGAGACACAGAAGAGAAAGCAGAAAUCAUCAGAAGACGGCUGAAGGAAGCAAGUGAUCGACAGAAGUCCUAUGCUGAUUUAAAGAGAAGGGAUAUUGAGUAUUCAGUUGGGGAUAAAGUAUUUUUGAAGGUUUCACCAUGGAAGAAGAUCCUAAGGUUUGGACAAAAGGGUAAGCUAAGUCCUAGGUAA